GGUGCAUGGAUGUCUUUCUUGCUGGUUUUCAAUGUAGUUGUGAGAGAGUAAGUUAGUUGUCGGGUAGUUUCGGUUCGGGUCGGGUCUACUCGGUACUGUCACCGUGUCGAGCGACUACGAGAGGGGAGAUACUUUCCCCCACCACGUUGGAGAUAGCGAAGGGGCUCGAGAACGAAGAGUGGGGAUCGCGCAAAGCCGCGGCGGAAGGUUCAAUUGUUGGUUAACCGUGGCGAGAAGUGGUCGCGCGUGAUAAGGCUCGCACGAUAGAAGCGCGUGCCUCGUUUCGCGAUCGGUGCGUGCACUUCGAGAUUCGUGGUUUGCGACCACCGUGCGAGACGCAGGAGGAUUUUUUGAUUCGGAAAUGCGUGCCUCUAGCCGCGACAGUGACGUGGUGAUUCGUUCGCCGUUGCGUUGUCGGCGCGAGUAAACGUAGGCCGUGGAAACGUAGUGACCGAAGCAGAAAACACCUUUCGUUUUUUUUUUUUUAUUAUCUCUUAUACAUAUACAUAUGUACACACGUUACGGAUAUUUACACGUGUGCCAGCAACAGAAAAGAUAGCUAGCUGUGAUCGGUACUAGUGAGAAUCGUAUUCUUUAUCUUGUGUGACUCGUACGGCCAGAAGGAAAUUUGGGAUUAUCGCAUCGUGUGUACCUUCUUUGCUUCUUCUCCAAUUGACGCACCGUCACGCCGGCACCAGCCAUGACGGCGGAUAGCCUGUUCGAGACUACCAGCAUCCCAGGGCAUCUCGCUCCCACGCCCCAAAGGCUGGAGAGGCUUCUCUCGAAACAGACCCUCGAGGAGCUGUACGAGGUCGAGGAACAACCUUUCGCACGAGGUAAAUACGCGACGGUGAGAAGAUGUCGGGAGAGAUCAAGCGGAAGACAGUGGGCCGCCAAGUUCCUCAGGAAGAGGAGACGGGCGCAGGAACUGAGGGCGGAAGCGCUUCACGAGGUCGCGGUGCUGGAUGCUGCGGCUAAUUGUUCUCGUCUGGUGUCUCUUCAUCAAGUCUUCGAGACGACCACAGAGAUGGUAUUGGUUUUGGAAUUGGCCCCCGGUGGCGAGUUACAAAUGAUACUAGACAGAGACGAAGUUCCAGAGGAGCGACAGGUCGCCAGACUGUUGAAGCAAAUUUUGGACGGAAUAGCGUUUCUGCAUUCCCUGAACGUGGCCCACCUCGACAUCAAGCCUCAAAAUCUGGUCCUCACCGGCGAGUUUCCCGACUGUGACGUGAAGCUCUGCGAUUUUGGUAUCUCGCGGUACAUCAGCCACGGCGCGGACAUCCGAGAGAUUCUCGGCACGCCUGACUAUGUUGCACCAGAGGUGUUAAACUACGAACCGAUCAGCUUGGCGACGGACAUGUGGUCAAUCGGAGUUUUGCUGUACGUGUUGCUAACGGGAUGCUCUCCAUUCGGCGGCGAUACCAAGCAGGAAACGUUCUGCAACAUUAGCCGAUGUCGCCUAGAUUUUCCUGACGACCUGUUCGAAGACGUGUCCGAGGAGGCGCGUGAUCUGAUGCGCAAGCUGAUGGUCAAGGAUCCAAACGAACGUUUGACCGUCACGGAAUGCCUUCAACACUCGUGGUUCGCCAUGUUCGAUGAUCCGCAACCACCUCUCUUGACGGCUAGUUGUCCAACGUUAAACGGGACCGCGAUCGAAGACGAGUCGUUGACCGAAACGAAAUCGGCCUCGAAAUCCAUUACGAUCGAACAAUCGUCGACGGUCUCGUCGGUCCCUAAAAACGACACGGAAAAGCACGGUCAGAGAACGUCGAACACGACCGCGUGCCAAAACGUUGAAACAAAACCGACGGCUACGCGAGCGGUCUCCUCGCACACGGAAAAUCUUUAUUCAAAGUCAAAGUUAUCGGCCAAACCGGUUAGAUACGGUUUGAGCUCCGACCGCAGGGACCAUUUCAAACGAAACAUGGAUUCGCUGGCGCAGAGAUUUUCCGGGGCGGAAAUCGUGCUGAUCGAGUCAGUGUCGUCCACGGGUACCAGCGUGUCGACAAACGCGUCGAGCGGAACUCAGAGGAGGGCGACUGCCACCCACACGAUGCCCGCCGGUGAGGUGUUUAAAUGCACGCCCGUGUUCAUUUUAGGCGAAGAGCAGCACUGCAGCGACAGUGGUAGCGACACGGUAUCCGAAAUCUCGACGGACAGCUCGAGCGAUCGGAGCAGCGUUUAUUCGGACGAUUCGUUGGAUUUCAUUAUGUACGGAAAGACUCAAAGCAGAGCCAGUUUUCCAUUCGCGAGCACAGACUCGUCGUCGGACAGAUGGGAACAAAGGCACCAUCACACGAGGGCGUGGCCGAGGGAAUGCAACGGAGUCGUGAGCAAAGUUCUCAGCCGUUUCUCGUGUGAAACGUCUAACGCGAAAUUUAGCAAAGCAUCCAGCCCGCCGACGGUACACGGAAAGACCGGGUUGGAAGCGCUUCGAGAAAGGGGUGGAAAUUUCGUGGUAAUCCGCGAGCCAGUCAGAGCUGGCAGGUACACCAGGUACAGCGAGGUGCAGUGCGAGUCGGUGCAGGCACGGAUUCGCCGGUUUCAGAUUCAUGGGGCCUCGUAGACGCGAAAAAGACCUAGAUUCUUGGUCUCUGAACGGCUUUCUCGAGCAGCUUCAAAGUCUCGGAUCCACCCGAUCCGUUGUACAUAUAGUUUUACGGUGUACAGUACAUAGUUCGAUAACCCGCGUUACGAAAACUCGGUAUCCAGUUACGCGACGUAAUUGGCACGAAAAGGCGUGGGUUCGAGCAAGUGGUUGGCUGUAAAUACACAUCGAGGAUGGCUGUUCAAGUACGAGGGUACCGAUCGUUCGUGACGCGUACUGUAUAUAAUAUUCGGACGACCGAGAUUCUACGAGUGCGUCGAGUUUCGACGGUUUUAUCGUACGUAAGUGGAAGGAAGAGAAAUUCCUUGGGUGUGUAAAUAGGUACGAUUGGAUUCGUGAUGGUAGCAGGGAUUUUGAAUGAACGAAUUUGAGUGAAUCGAGUGCGAGAGGAAACGAGACGCAUCGUUUGGCAGCUCGUCGUCUGCCAUUACCGAGAGACUGACCUGAUCGGCCAUCCUUUCGAGUUGAAAUGUAUAAAACCUGCGCGAGUUUAGCGCGAUCGAUGCAUCGAGUUGCCCGCGAAACGAAAGUCUUGAACCACUUGAUUAUUACGUAAGUAGAAAAUGUCAGGCAUAUAUCAGACUGACUGGGUUUAGAAGCGGAGAGUGACAGGCACGAUUGCUCUGGGGAGAAUUUGAUUCGAGAAAUCGGGUAGAGUGACUCGAUGCCUCGAGCGAGUAAUUUCGCGAUCUUAGCCAUAAUAAUCGAUCGGGGUCGUGAUAGCAGUAAUCCGAAUUACCUGGAGGUCCGUUCGACGGAUCUCGUUAAAAUCGAAAUUCGAUAACUUCGGUGCCUUUAUAGUAAACGUUAAGCGUUAAGAGAAUUGUGUGUGCGUCGCGCACACACUCGGGUCGCGCUCGUUUUACGCAUUCGUGUGUAUACGCGUGCACGCACGCGAUUAAACAUCAAGACCUGCGUUUAUUAAUAUUUAUGCUUGUACGCGUAUAUCCGCGUAGAUCGUGCUCGACGACCACGAGUGCAAACGCACACUCGUAGUGCCUACUUUUCUUUGUCCCGUUCGCACCAGCAUGUCCCGCCACGGAAAUACGCGUCGUUACGUCGCGACAAAAGUCAUCCAUCGAGUGCACGAUGGUGGUGGUGAUGAUGAGAGGAAGAAAGUGAGAGAGAGAGACAGAGAGAGAAAGAGAAGAGUCGGCGAACGAGCAAAGAACGAGCCCGUUUUGCACAGUGCCUUAAAUUCUACGGACCAUUAUUUUACGAGUUGCCUCGUGAUCGAUCGAUCGAAAUUGAGAGCCUAAACUAGCUUUAGGCGUCUACAAUUCUUCUCGUUGGUUCGAUAGCGUCUUUCGAGAGUAAUCGAUUCGACGUUACGAAUCCUCUCGAUCGCUGAGUACCACGUGUUACACCACUAAGAAGAACCUCGGUUUGUACAAGCUAUUGUUUCUUUUUUUUUCUUCAUGCUAUUGUAGAACUGCCGUAAUCAUAGAGACAAGUCCUUUCAGACAGUCGUUCAGACAUAGACACGAGAGUAAAUUUUGUACACGAGUAGGAAGAAUCAGGAGCUGCUCGAUCAUCGAACAAACUUGCGAUCUUCGCGAACUCCGUGCAGCUGCAGGAAUCAAACGUACAGGUGUAUGUAUAAAGAAAUCAUAAGUAUACAUAUAAUUAGAAGGGUGGAAAUCAGAAGGGCGGACGCUGUAAAACCUUGUGGAGCCGAAACUUCCGUGAUCGGAGGGGUCGCUCUAUAAAUGCUAGUCAUACGCGUUGCUCGUCCUCUUGUUCGAACUCGUUCGUUUCCCUUAUCGUUCUUCGCGUUUCCUGCGACGAAACGUGCAUUCUGUGGAAAGUGCAAGGAUGAAAACUGGAGAGGCGAGAAGAUUCGAGGAGGAGAGACGAGCGUGAACCAAUCGGAAUGACGAAUCGCGCGUCGACGCUAAGAAAACGUUUCCUAUCUUUCGCUACCGUGGAAAUGAAAAGCAAAGGGAAGGUAGGUGGAAAGAGAGAAAGAGAAAAGUUUGGAAAUGCGAUCGAUCGAAUAACAAAGCCUCUCGUCAUUUCGUGGAGCUUAACCUCGUAGAUCGAGGAGGAGUCGGUAUUAUCAAACUUUGAUCCCACGAACGAAUUCUAUAGGAGGCGUUCGCUGAAAUUUCAACGCGUACACGGGGACAUCGAGACGAACGACGAUAAGAACGUAAAGGUAACGCUUCGAACAAACGAUACAUUGUCGUAGGAUGUACGGGAUGAGUGAACGAGUGAACGCGGAAACGCGAGAACGUGUGCUUGAAUGAAUUCAAAGAAAAAAAUAUAAUAGUUUGAUUAACGCGGUAGAGAAGGGUAUGCAUCCGAGCGAGUCGGUUUACCAUUUCUCGAGACAGAUUCGUCGUUAUUUAUUUCCGUCUGCUUUCUGUCCGAUAUCAUAUUUAUAAUUCUUUUGCGUUUGCGUUUUAUUAAUUCGUGCCGUUUUCUAUUUUUUUUUUACUCGGAUACACCCCCUGUUCUCCAACUUAUUCAACUAUUAUCGUCGUCGUCUUUGUCGUCGUCGUCGUUGUUGCUGUUAUCAUCAUCGUUAUCACUCUCAUCACCAUCAUCCUUAUGAUUAUUAUUAUAAUUACAAUUAUUAUUAUUAUUAUUAUUACUGGUACGUUAUCGUUGUAACGUUUAUUAAUACCGAGGUUAAUUACGAGGAGAAUAAUCGCGCGUAUAGGCGUUAAGAUCUUGUGUAAAUAUCUCUGUCAUUGUAUUAAUUUUAAUAAUGUGCGAAAUAAAAUGCCGCAAAUCAUUCGAA